UAUAAAACGGACCGAAAACAACUGUAACAUCCUCAAAGACCACCUUUUAAUCGGCAAGAGCUUGAAGAAGACCGCUAUUGAGGUGUACAAGUACUGCAUUGCCGCUACUCGGUAGUGCGUAAUAUGAUGAAGGAGUUAGGCUUCGGAACGCGCAUUAAGGCCAAGAAGCCUCGCCUGACUUUCACAUAUUGCCUUGGCUUUGGUGAAGCCAAAGUUAACCAGCAAUCUGGUGCCCGGUCCAGCCUUUGCAAUGAUAUGCUGCGUCUGAUUACCUUCUGUAAAAUACCUUGAUGUCAAAAAGUUGGACGGAGCGAUCCUAUUUCAAAUUCAUGGUAAGGAAAAUAAAAAAAGGCCAACAUCCUAUAGCACUGACAAUUUCUCGUUCCAGGCAUGCAUGGCACUUCUUUCUUGAUACAAUUGGUAGCCACUGGUGCAUACACCUUUAUUGAAC